ACACACACACACUGUGAGAGAGAGAGAGAGUGAGUGAGUGAGUGUGUUUGUGUGUUUGUCCCUCUCUGCUGCUUUCGCCUCUCUCUCGUCGUUUGCAUACUUGUCUGUGGCCGCUGUCCGAUACACGAAGAAGACGAAGACGGCGACGACGACAACGGCAACGCGCCUCGAACACGAUUCGACGUGCGUCUGAUCCGAUUGCGAACGUUCGAUCCCCAACCACCCUCUCCCAUCACAUCGGCCAGUAACUUCCAAAUUCCAAAUUCUCUAUUCUUUUUUCUUCUUCUUCUUCUUCUCCGUCUUCCCCCCACACACUUCUUUCUGUCUUUUCCAUUUUGCCUACACACGCCGUGAGUUGCCCUGCUCACCACGUCGCCGUUGACUAUUCCGCUAAUUCGUUACCGUUCACCACCGCCUUUCAAACGUUUCACUACUACUGUACUUGCUGAAACCACUGCGCAACCACCACCGAUCGGAAGAAGAGCCGUCGCCACCGCGUCAAGAUGCGCCUUAUGGGGUGCGUCGGCGCUGGCGCUGAUGCCGAAGGCCGAGAAGCACGCAAGGUCAACAAGCAGAUCGAGGAGCAGUUGGCUAAGGAUAAGCAGGUGAUGCGAGCGACUCAUCGCCUGCUGCUUCUCGGCGCCGGAGAGAGCGGCAAGAGCACAAUUGUGAAGCAGAUGCGGAUUCUGCACAUCAACGGAUUCAACGAAGCCGAGAAGCGCGAGAAGAUCACCGACAUCCGGAGGAACGUUCGCGACGCCAUGCAGGUAAUCUUGCGAGCAAUGGACGAGAUCGUGCCGAAAGUGUCGUUGGACGACCCGAGCACGGCGAUUAGCCGCGAUUAUAUUCUUCGAAUCACCAACGAUCCGGAAGAUAACUACCCUUCAGAGUUCUACGAUCACAUUCUCACUUGCUGGAAAGACAAGGGAGUCAUGGCUUGCUACGAGCGCAGCAGUGAAUACCAGCUCAUCGAUUGUGCUCAAUAUUUCCUUGACAAAGUCGACGUUGUGCGACAGAACAACUACGAUCCAUCCGAGCAGGACAUCCUUCGGUGUCGUGUCAUGACAACCGGCAUUUUCGAGACCAAGUUUGAAGUGGACAAAGUUAGAUUUCACAUGUUUGAUGUUGGAGGUCAACGUGACGAGAGAAGAAAGUGGAUUCAGUGCUUCAAUGACGUGACGGCCAUCAUUUUUGUGUGCGCGUCGUCUUCAUAUAAUCUUGUACUCUGGGAGGACAAUACACAAAAUCGCCUCCGCGAAUCCCUGGCCCUAUUCAAAAACAUCUGGAACAACCGCUGGCUGAAAACCAUCUCGGUCAUCCUUUUCCUCAACAAACAAGACCUGUUAUCCGAGAAAAUCAAGGCCAAGCGAUACCUUUUGGAGUCGUUCUUCCCCGAAUUCGAGGGCUACAAUUUGCCUAAUGACGCGGUGUUCGAUAAUCAGGAGGACAAGGACGUCGUCCGCGCCAAGUACUUUAUUCGCGGAGAGUUUUUGAGAAUAUCCACGGCGAACAGCGAUGGUCGUCAUCAUUGCUACCCCCACUUCACGUGCGCCGUCGACACAGAGAACAUCCGAAGGGUGUUCAACGACUGCCGAGACAUCAUCCAACGCAUUCAUCUACGACAGUACGAGCUUCUAUAA